AUGGGUGGUGUGUGUUCGUGUAAAUCACGGGCUAGUCAGAUCAAUUCUGGCUCGAUUUUGGAUCGCGUGAUAAGCCAGGCAAGCAACGAAGAUCAGUGUUUGCUUUAUCGUUUGGCAAAUUACAAGAAAGGUGGUGAAUUGAUAGAGGCAUAUAAUUUGGGCGGUCAACCGGAAGUCGAGAAGUUGAUGAGAGAACAGUUUGGUAUAUUGAUGUACGGUGAUGGCAAAGGUCAGGUGAUCAAUCGUGCCGAAUACUUACGCUGGAAAUUUCGUGAUCUUGAUCAAGUGGUAUUACCGAUAGAAGCAUCCUUGUCACGUUUUGAUCCUUUGGCAUUGUGGAACGAUCACGAAGCAUGCUGGCAAAUGCAAUAUCGUGGAUCCUUAGGGGAAAGUUUAUUGCACGUAUUGAUAAUAUGCGACACGAGAAUGCAUACAAGAAUCGCUAGAAUUUUACUCAAGUGUUUUCCAAGAUUGUCCAUUGAUGUUGUUGAAGGUGAAGAAUAUCUAGGUGCUAGUGCGUUACAUCUUGCAAUAGCUUACAACAAUAAUGAACUGGUACAGGAUUUGAUAGAUGCCGGUGCUAUUAUUUCACAACGUGCCAUUGGUAGCUUCUUCCUACCAAGAGAUCAACAGAGAUCUAAUCCAGCAAGGAGUACCGAUUACGAGGGUCUUGCCUAUCUUGGUGAAUACCCGCUUGCAUGGGCUGCUUGCUGCGCAAACGAGAGCGUUUAUAAUCUUUUGUUAGAUAACGGAGCCGAUCCCGACGAACAAGAUUCUUUUGGGAACAUGAUAUUGCAUAUGGUGGUCGUUUGCGAUAAAUUGGACAUGUUCGGAUAUGCUCUGCGACAUCCGAAGCUUCCAGCACGCAAUGGGAUUCUAAACGGUGCUGGUCUGACCCCGUUGACCCUAGCCUGCCAGUUGGGACGUGCUGAGGUCUUUCGAGAGAUGCUGGAACUGUCAGCACGAGAGUUCUGGCGCUACAGUAAUAUCACCUGUUCGGCGUAUCCUCUUAAUGCACUCGACACGCUCCUGCCCGACGGUAGAACAAACUGGAACUCCGCCCUAUUCAUCAUCCUGAAUGGUACGAAGGAGGAGCAUUUGGACAUGCUGGACGGUGGCAUUAUUCAACGAUUACUCGAGGAAAAAUGGAAGACCUUUGCUCGGUUACAGUUUUUGAAACGUUUGGUAAUCCUGGUCUUCCAUUUGACGUCGCUGUCCUUGGCAGUUUACUUGAGACCUGCCGAGUUGGAUGCUGUUCUUCUUAAAUGGCCGGAGGAGAUAACGGAGAUGGCACGCAUCGCGGCUGAGUGUAUCACCGUUCUCGGAGUACUCAGCUACAUUCUCGUUCAGCUAGGCGGGGAAAUGAUCAACGUUGGCUUGCUAUCCUUUCUCAAGCAACUGACCCAUGAGCCAGCUAAAUUGAUCUUCGUGAUAAGCAAUUUGUUGAUACUCGCUUGCAUACCAUGUCGUUUUGCUGGCGAUCGGGACGCCGAGGACGCCAUCUUGGUUGUCGCUGUACCCGGUUCUUGGUUUCUUCUUAUGUUUUUUGCUGGAGCUAUUCGACUGACUGGACCAUUCGUCACUAUGAUAUACAGUAUGAUAACAGGAGACAUGCUUACAUUUGGUAUCAUUUAUGUCGUCGUUUUAUUUGGAUUCUCUCAAUCAUUUUAUUUUCUUUAUAAAGGAUUCCCAGGUGUUAAAUCAUCACUAUAUAAUUCUUAUCAUUCUACUUGGAUGGCGUUACUUCAAAUAACACUUGGCGAUUAUAACUACACCGAUUUAAGUUAUACGACUUAUCCUAACCUCAGUAAAACGGUAUUUGCCAUAUUUAUGGUUUUAGUACCGAUAUUAUUGCUGAACAUGUUAAUAGCUAUGAUGGGUAAUACAUAUGCUCACGUGAUCGAACAGAGUGAAAAGGAAUUUGUAAAACAAUGGGCAAAAAUAGUGGUGUCGUUGGAACGUGCAGUAUCGCAAAAGGAUGCGCAUAAUUAUUUACAAGAAUACAGCAUCAAAUUAGGUCCAGGUGACGAUCCGAAUAAUCCAGCAUGCGAACAAAGAGGUGUAUUAAUAAUCAAAAGUAAAUCUAAAACGCGAGCUAAACAACGUAAGGGUGCCGUUUCUAAUUGGAAGUCCAAAUGUCGGUGGCAAUAACAACGAAGUUUCAGCGUUGACCGCUGGCUUUGGUGACGCAUUAACCGCAGCACUGGACGUGAUGGCCUUCGCACAUGAUCUUGAUCUCUCUGCGGGUACAACUGAGGGAAUACCUGCCGGCAACAUCAACGACAAACAACAAACUAAGAUCCAAGCAAAAGUCCCUAAUAGUUAUCAGAGUAUACCUUCAACGAAUGUUCAAGAGAAUUCACAAACGAAACUACAAACUUUAACCAAAUUUCCUGAACUUACUAACAAUUUUCUUGAGAAACCUAUUGAGCCCAUUAACGUUCCAAUUGAAUCUAAACUGUCCAAAGAAGAGGAUCCAUUUUUAAAAUUAAUCAUAGCAUCGGAGUUGACGAACGACGAAGAAUUGUUACCAAAAUUAGCAAAAGAUGUUUUAGAGGUAGCAGAAAAAUCAGUUCAAAUGACAACAGAGACGACUAAAUCAAAGUCACAAAUUUUAGAAGGAUUAGCUUUGAUUAUGGCACCAACCAACAUAGAAAAUUCCGUCCCAAAAAAACAAUACUUCGUUGAAUCGAGUGACAAUGAUCUUGAUACAAAUGAAAAAAGUUUAGGUACGGAAUCGUAUCUUAGAAGAAUCAGGUCAGCGAACAACAGAUUUAUGAAGAGUAGAAAAAAAUGUGGAAGGAAGCCUGGCAACGACAGUUCUUCCUCGUCCUCGUCUACGUCUACUUCGGCGUCGAUGUACGUCGACGAGAAUAUUAUCGGUUAUAGGUCUUUGCUGAAUGGACCGGAAGAGGAACCGACGAAGCGUAUACCGAACAAAGAUCGCAAGAAGUCUGUCGAAACAAUUAAGGACGAGGUCGAACAAAAUGGUGCUGCUACUUGCAAUCCGUUGGAGGAUAAGCCACAGAAACGACGACCCAAGACAGCUAGGAAUAGAGUAGCACCGAAGGAUGAACCAAUUGAUAAAAGAGAAUCGAUUGAACGAAAUAAGAUACCUUUUGAAACGAUUACAACGACGACAACGAUGGAAAUAGAAACUACGACAGAUCCGUUGGAACCAUGGAGCACGCGUGGUAUUAAGGACAUGAACGCCAUAUUGGCUUGGAAGGAAAAUACGCUGGACAGUCCUUAAUGUAACUUUAUGAUACUGAGGUUGCACGUACAACAGACACCUCCUACAACCAACCAAACCAUCUAACUACACACACAGACAUAACAUACAUACAUACAUACGUAUAUAAACGCACUCAAACAACCCCCCAACACUAGUGUCCUGAUUGCAUCGACGAAAAGACUCUACUUUCGCUUGACUCGAAAGUUUACACGCCUGAAGAAAUUGGAAUUUAAAGAAGGUCGGAGGAAGACUUAAUGGGUGAAAGAAAAAAAGAGAUAGAAAUAUAUUAAAGAAUACC